AUGUAUGAUGACGAGACCGCGACAUCCUCCAACCCCGAUGCCAAGAAAGUCAUAUUUCUUUACACCUACACGCACCGCUUCUUCCAAUCCACUGAAAUUUCAGGAACCCUGUUCCCCAAAGACACAGCGAAGAUCAAAGGUCCCUUGCCAGCCUCCGACUCUGAAAACGUACUAGACUUGAUAUCGGGAUUUGUUACUGCGCACUAA